UAUGCUGGAGUGCGAAAAUACUAUGCCAAACGGGCGCCGUCUCGUUUGCUGCCUGCGCGCGUCUCCAAGGAUGAGAAGAUGCUCGGAUGCAUCCAUUACGGAUUUCGUUCUUAUUUGAACUGAAUAGCGAUUUAACUAUGUUAAUGUGUACGUUUCUUCACCCUGUACGUGUAGUUUGUGGGUUCUGCUUAUGUUGAACGUGCUAUCCGGUGUAUGAAGUCCCUUCGUUGCGUUGGUGCUGCGGAAGACAAGAGAGCCGAGCUAACAUCCGUGGAAGAGAGCUAAUCAAUUUAGAGAAGAGAAAAAGAGGGAUAGUUAAGGGGUUGGGGAACUGACGAGAAGAGAGGGAACGAAAGGAGAGAGAACGUCGACCUCACACCCCAGAAAUUGAAACAGAAAGUGAGGAGCAUCUACCCUCCAUAGAGACACCCCUUUCAAGAGCCUAUUCACCAAACAUCUCCUUUUUUAUUGUAAUAAUUGUCAUGGGACAAUUAUUAAUUCUCAAAAAAAAUAUGCUGAAAAAUAGACGGCAUUCUAUAUUUAAACUGACAUGAACAAAGUCAAGUGAGGAAAUAUAAAUGAUAAAUCAAGAGACCAUUUAAUAUCUAACAGUUCUUCAUGAUUUUUAAAACGACUUGAAAGAGAAGAAUAGAAUGUAUUGGUGAAAUGAACAUCAAGAGAACCACUUAAUUGUCUUGUAUCGGAGGUGAUUUAUCAACAUAUUAGAACUAAGGGUGGGUCAUGACCAAUUUGCCAUGCAUGUUGUCAUGGUGACCAGCCCCUCCACCCCCUCCCCCCUCCUCUGGUUGGUCCAGCUUUUGCUGUGGCUUCACCACCAUGGACCUCAGCUGACAGAGGCCGUGCCCCCAUGUCCCAACCCUUGUAGCUGCUCCAAUCAGGCAAGCCGCGUCAUCUGUACAAGGAAGAGUUUAGAGGACGUACCGGACAGUAUAUCUGUGAACACAAGAUACCUCAACUUACAAGAGAACACGAUUCAGGUGAUAAAGUCAGACACAUUCAAGCACCUGCGGCAUUUGGAAAUACUACAGCUCUCCAAGAAUCACAUCCGACAGAUUGAGGUGGGAGCGUUCAAUGGCCUGCCAAACCUCAACACCCUUGAGCUCUUUGACAAUCGCCUCACACUGGUACCAUCGCAGGCCUUUGAGUACCUCAGCAAGCUGCGGGAGCUCUGGCUACGGAACAACCCCAUCGAGACACUGCCAGCGUACGCCUUUCACCGCGUUCCCUCCCUGCGCCGGCUCGACCUGGGCGAACUCAGAAAGCUGGACUACAUCUCCGAGGCCGCCUUUGAGGGCCUGGUCAACUUGCGCUUCCUGAACCUGGGCAUGUGCGGCCUGAAGGACAUCCCCAACCUCACGCCUUUGGUCAGACUGGAGGAGCUGGAGCUGUCAGGAAACCAGCUGGGGAUCGUCAGGCCGGGCUCCUUCCAGGGCCUGGUGUCACUGCGCAAGCUGUGGCUCAUGCACUCGCAAGUGAAGGUCAUCGAGCGCAAUGCCUUCGACGACCUGAAGAACCUGGAGGAGCUCAACCUGUCCCACAACUCCCUGCAUUCACUGCCCCACGACCUCUUCACCCCGCUGCACCAGUUGGAGCGGGUGCACCUCAACCACAACCCCUGGGUGUGCAACUGCGAUGUCCUGUGGCUCAGUUGGUGGCUCAAGGAGACAGUGCCCAGUAACACCACAUGCUGUGCCCGUUGCCAUGCGCCCCCAGUCCUGAAGGGCCGCUACAUCGGUGAGCUGGACCAGAGCCACUUCACAUGCUACGCUCCCGUCAUCGUAGAACCACCCACCGACCUCAAUGUCACAGAGGGUAUGGCCGCGGAGCUGAAGUGUCGCACUGGCACCUCCAUGACGUCUGUCAACUGGCUCACCCCAAAUGGCACCCUCAUGACCCAUGGAUCGUACCGUGUCAGGAUCUCAGUCCUUCAUGACGGAACCCUGAAUUUCACCAACGUUACUGUGCAGGACACGGGCCAAUACACCUGCAUGGUGACCAACUCCGCCGGCAACACCACGGCGACUGCAGUGCUCAACGUGUCCUCCUCCGACUCCAGCAACCCCUACAGCUUCUUCACCACCGUCACUGUUGAAACCGUGGAAACAAACAAUGGUGAGGAUGCUGGGAGGCAGUACAUAAACGAAACCUAUGUACCACCAGAUUACCUGGGUCCCACUUUUUCAGGAGGGGUACUGGGUAAAGGCAGGGCUGGAUUCACCAUAUCUCCAUCUCGCUCUUCUCUCAACUCUUUCUCCCCGCGUGCCACCAGAAACACUGAAAAUACAGUCACAGUGUCGAUAAUGGAUGUCACAAACAUUACUGGCCUGGACGACGUGAUGAAGACCACCAAGAUCAUCAUUGGCUGCUUUGUGGCCAUCACCUUCAUGGCAGCUGUGAUGCUUGUGGUCUUCUACAAGCUGAGGAAGCAGCACCAGCUGCAUAAGCACCAUGGCCCCACCCGCGCCAUUGAGAUCAUCAACGUGGAAGAUGAGAUUGGUGCCGGGGCCGGGAGCGGCAUCUCAGGGGGAUCGACCAUGCAAUCUGUGUGCGGAGGAGACGGAACAUUGAGGAUGCAUCACCCGGAAAUAGUCAACCUUCCCAACAUUGGGCGAUCAGAGCAUCUUAACCAUUACUACAAGGCCAAUCAUUUCAACAACAAUGUGAUGGGUCUGAGCAUUGGGACAGGGGCAGGAGUCGGUACUCUAAGCAACAAGAACAAUCUGUCUACACUUAACCAGCAAGGCCAGGAUAUCCCAAUCUCCUGUACACAGGUUCCAAUCUCCUCCGCCACUUUCCAGACCAUGUCUGGAAAUGGCACCAACACCAACCCUCUUUCUGUUUCCCCACCUCUGCCAAUGUCCCUCCCCAUGCCCCCCAUGGGAUUACAUGGAUCGAUCAAGGGUUUCAUGGGCCAGAACCAGAACCCACAAAUGGAACCUCUUCUCUUCAAGGGAAACUCAAAGGAAAACGUUCAAGAGACUCAAAUUUGAGAACAACGAGUGAGGAGAGAGAGAGAGUGCAAGGGAACGACAGAGAGGGGAUUGAUGGCUGGUUUACGCACUGAAUGAUUAGACACUACAGUGCGUUGACAUUACACCAAGAGAGAUGAUAGACUGACACCGCAAUACACAAUCGCAUAGGCUGGUCAGCUAAAGUGUACUGAGCCAAGGAUUACCACAAUGGGCCACUUGUGUUUGUAGUAACGGUCACGGCAAUGGAGUUAAAUAUCGAACAUCGCUACAAUGUAAAUCUGUGCCAAAGCAAAUGUUUCUUGCCGUUUCUAUGAGUUGUAUUCACAUAGAAGAAAGUACUGUGGCUCAAUUCCCUAAGUCUUUGUUGGCCAAUCAGUCAAGACAUGCACAGCACUUACCACAUUGAAGUUUGCGUUAUGAGACAUAACAGGAACAAAUACUAGACAUUUCUCUUUUACAGAAAACACUUGUGAAAGACACUCUGGUAUAAACUCACUAGUCUCCCUUGAGGCCGUAGGUAGGCAUAAAUGGAAGGACAAAUGGUACAGUACAGUACAAAUUACUGUGAAAAGUCACAAAUUCUAUCAGUAUAUUUUCAUUUGAAUAUGUAACAUUGCAGAUUCCAAUGCAGAGAUAUUUUGGAGGAUGUUUGAGCUGUAAUAGUUUGUUUUGUGAAUGAUCAGGGGUGGUGAUUGUGAAGGUUGAUGAUACAAUACAUAUGUUUUGAGUUUGGCUUCUCAUCCAAAACAUAAGGGCUCAAUUGCAACACUCAUUGUGAUUCUAUGAAUUUGGCUUCCAUGAACAUUGGAAAAUCGUAGGAGAGGUCCCCCAGUGUUCUGUUUGACAAGCUUUUGUCUGUGAUAACUGGACAAUUCUGUUCUUGUUUGUUUUGAGAGUAUAUUCCAUAUAMUCCAGCAGGCUACUUGGUUAUUCAAAUGAGAGCUUCAGGUGGUGCCAGCAUGUGCCAUCAGCAAAUGCAGGUGAAAUAACUAAACAGUGAGCUAAUAUCUUGCAAAGAAUUGUAUGGGCAAUGGAAAUGUUGACAAAGUGUACAACAACAGAUCAGUGGCAAGAUAUUUGCUAUAAGUGGGGAAUUUGAUAUGAACUCCUUUCUCAUGGUGACCAUUUUGAUGCCACGUAAUGCCGUCAAAYGGGUGAUUAAAUGCCUGUCUUUGCCAUGGCAUUCAGUCGGUGGGUUCAACCACCGUAUUUGGUUUAGUGUAACAGAAAUGUAUGAUAAUCGUAUUUGGUUGUGUGACAGUUGUACAAGCCACCUGUUUUACAGUGUACCUUUCAUGUGUUAAUACCAUUUAAAGCUUUGCGCAUUUAAACUGUCUUCAAUUAUUUUUGCUUAGUUUGAUAUAAUGUGUACAAAUUGUCUAGCCAUGUAUCAUUCACAUAAAUAAAUAAAUCAUAUAUCGAGGUCAUGGAGGUCAAUGGAAACCAAUUGAAAACAAACAAUAGUUAUGAAGAGUGAUACAGUAGGCUACAUUUUUAAAUAUAGGUUGAACCUAUAUGGCAUACGAUUCACCCAUUAGUCAUCUUGGUAAUCAUAGUAUGAUGUCUGUUCUUAAAUAUCUCAUGACAGGCUUUUAGUCAUUCUAAUGAGAGAGUUACAUUGGCAUGAAAAGGACGCUUAAAGUGACACAGAAUCCAGUUUGUCUCCUGAAAAAAGCUUCCGCUUCACUCCCUAACCCCAAGAAAAAAAUGGGAAAAUGGUUGUUGCAAUUGAGAGCAAACUGAACACGCKGACCAUAUUCAAGUGAAAGACCGAUUGUUGCAGCUGAGAUUAGAUGUAUGUGUAACUGUAAUACUACACACAGUAAGUAGUAUUUGUGUAUAUGGAGGUGAUCUUGCACCAACAUGCUGCUCUGUGUAAUUUGUUAACCACUCAACAUUUGCUUUCGCUGCACCCCUCUCUCCUCGCAGUGCUGCAUACAUUUUCAGAGCCGUUGCCUUGAGUGAGUGGGAAUGGUUGGUUCUUCUGAUCUUCUGGUUACUCCCGUAAUGAGUGUAACAUUAGAAACAAAGGUACAUGUUUUGGGGAAAUAAUGAUAACAUUAAUAAUAAUAUGAUCAAUUCUGAUAGAAUAUAUGAUUAUAUCUGUUGUYUUAGACAUGUACACAGGGCUUUCAGUUAGUUUGAUCAGGAUUAAUAUAUGAAAAACAACAUGCAAAACUAUAGUCAACAACAGGUCCGUUUAUAGGUUGCCCAACCAAGGAACUAUGAGGGAGUUUUUCCUUUACGUUUGACACCCAGUUUCCGUAAUUAUGGUACUUCUCCUGAAAAAGAGUGAAGUCGAAUAAUGAUAUAGUAUUUUACUAAUGUGGUCCGGCAGACAGUUUUUGUGAGCAGGGUUCAACUGUUUCCCUACUGAGACGCUACCAGAAUAUAAAUGAAGACUAAAAACUCCAACAUAUGGCUGCACUGUUGAUGUGCUACAUUUGGUAACUGCACUGUCAGAUUUCAAAGAGCAUAUUAAAUACCUCAGAGUAAACCACAGAACAAGAUCCUGGAAUUAUAAUAUUUGGCCCAAUGUUUGAUGAUCAACAUUGCUAUUGUAGACAUGUUACUUUCAUACCAUUGGAGAAACUAUGUCUAUUGUUAAGCUGUAUUAUUAUUUAUACAUGUUGUAUUAUUGUUGUUAUUAUUAUCAUUAUGAUCAUUAUUAUUUUAAGGACCCUGUUACACCCUGAAAUGAAUGGUGUAGUAAAUGUCUACCCAGCUGGAAUAUGAUGGAAGAAAUGUACAACAGUCACUACUAAACCAUGCCCGAGUAACAACACCAGUAAAGAACACAUGAACUUUUGACAACUAUGUCAUCUUUACUCUACUUUACAAAAGAAGAUGAUGAUGGCCUCUUGCAACAGAUGGAAUACUGAGUGUGUCAUUUGUCAACCCUCCCCCCUCCACAGUAAUGGAAUACUGGUGUUGUAAACCACAAACUGACCUUUUGGUACGAGGUUCCAUUUGCUAAACAGAACGAGAAGCUGAACUAUGUUGUUGUUUGGAAAGCUUUUUAAUGAAGUGAAAGACAUGAAGUUAAGCUAUAGCAAACAUAUAGAUUUCUUGAAAUGCAAAAAUAAUAAAAGCAUCAUUUUUGUGUUCAUUUGUUUAAAAGAAUUCCGCAAGUUUUGGUUGUAUCUAAAGUGUAAUAUUAUCGAUAUGGUCAUUAUCAAUGUACUGUCAUCUGAUGUCACUUAUGAAUCAUAAACCCAGGGAUACAAAAUGGUGUAGUAGGAGGUUUGAAACAUUGUACUGCUUUUCUAUUCAACUUUGGCCACAUCAAUACAUAUGGUAUUUACACUUCUAUGAUUGUCUUACAAUGACUGAGAGGUACUAUACGUUGCUGUCUAUGCCAAUUUGGCUUAACUUUCUGCCAGCUGUAAAGACUAUUUCUCAUUAAGAACUGUUCAACACACACAGUUCCAAUUUAGUUUUGUUGUUUUGCKAUCUCGAGCACCACAUACUACAAAACACUUUAACAGUUAAGCCGGGUAAAAUUCUGAUGACAUGAUAAUACAUUAAGUUACGGCGUGGAUUUUAUAACACAAAAAUGAAAUGAAUUCUGAACAAUAUCACUUA